UCUUUUCUGCCACGCGCGGGUGACUGUCGACCGCCUCCUCAGCGUUUGCCUCUCCGGCACCCGACUGAUUCGGCACCGUCCUGUCCCGUCGCCACGCCCGCCAUCCCUCUUCCUCCGUCACACGGUCCCCGUCAUUACCGUCGUCCGCCAUGACGUCCGCCGCCGCCGCCGCGCCCGUCGCGCCCGCCCACGUCCCUCCACCACCGCCUCCAACCUCCUCGCAGCUGCAGUCGCAGUCGCAUACGCAGACGCAAGCGCAAGCGCAGGUCCAGGCUCAGGCUCAGGCUCAGGCACAGGCACAGGCACAGGCACAGGCACAGGCACAGGCACAGGUCCAGGCGCAUUCGCACUCGCAUACCCAGUCGCUGUCGCAGCCGCAGCAUCGAGCAUACAAUCCCUACCACGCCUUUGCGCACCAGCCGCAACCUCCACCUCCCACAAAGCGAGACCUCAAGUCGUGGUGGAAAGGCUUCAAGCUACCCUCGAAGCAUCAGGAAGCACAUGGUAUAGCCACCCCGUUCACUAGAUCUAAACCCUACCGAUCAACAUCCUUAUUUGCGGAGGACAUGGAAGGCUGCCUCAGCGACCUUCCGGAAGCUGCGGCCCUCUUGCAGGAGAUAGUUGCGCAGGAGGUCCUCAUCGCAGCCCGAGCGAAUGCCCGAUCUCAGCAAACAAGUGUGAGCUUGAAUCGGAUGUCCACUGGCGCACUUUUCUAUGAGAAGCCUCUUCAACUAGACACUCUUGCUCGCUUCCUUAACUGGCGUCUUAGUAGAAGAUGUACUGGCGAAGAUGGACCCUGGCCGGUGCAAGACCCCGCUAAAACAAAAUCAGUAGUAGCAGAACCGCCGAAAGGCAUCUUUGGCGUCCCCCUUCGCGAUAGCAUCAAGUACGCCAAUGUUGCCAUAUCCCUUGUCGACGAAAAUGGGAAAAGCUACAUCUACGGUUACGUCCCCAUCGUGGUUGCCAAAUGUGGUGUUUUCUUGAAGGAAAAGGCAACCGACGUUGAGGGCAUCUUUCGUCUCAGUGGGUCAGAGAAAAGGAUAAAGGAACUUAAACAUAUAUUCGACUCGCCAGACCGGUACGGCAAAGGGCUGGUGUGGGAUGGAUACACGGUUCACGAUGCCGCCAAUGUCCUCCGUCGCUACCUCAACGACCUCCCGGAGCCGGUAGUCCCUCUCGAAUUGUAUGAGGAGUUUCGAAACCCGUUGAACGGUGCCACUAGGCAGGCCACUGGCGACACCGACGGCCCCCAAUUUGUCGAAAAUUUUGAUAUGGACGCUGCCAUCAUCAGGUAUCAGCAACUGAUCACCGAGAUGCCGCCACUCAAUCGCCAGCUGAUGCUUUAUAUCCUGGAUUUGCUCGCCGUCUUCGCCGCCAAGUCCGACAUUAAUCGCAUGAACUCGCAGAACUUGGCCGCCAUUUUCCAGCCAGGCAUGCUCUCUCAUCCCGCCCACGCCAUGGCACCUGAGGAGUAUCGUCUCAACCAAUGUGUUAUUAUCUUCCUCAUUGAAAACCAGGAUCAUUUCCUCAUUGGUAUGCAAGGUACAGCGGCCGACGAGAGGACGGUUCAGGAAGUCCAGAAGGGGACGCCUACCAUCAACGCCCCCGGGACACCUAAGAACUAUCAGUCUGGAGUGAACCGGACAGCAUCGAAUGCCAGCGCUGGAGCCCAAAGUGUUUCCAAGGAAGGCAUGAUUAGGAGGAACAAGUCGACGUCUUCAAGGCGUUCCCUUGCUUCCAAUGGUGCGCCGAGCCCGGGAAGCCCUGCAUUGACUUCCACGCCUACGGGAGGCUUGGGCCGGAGCAACACCUUGCCAUCGAAACGAUCGCCUCGCGUGCCGCCCGGAAGGUUCGCGCAUCGGCAUGAUGCGUCUAAUUCCCCAGUCGGUCCCUUAACGCCGGUUCAUCCGCCGUCAGUUCCUGGAGUUAUGCCUCCUACGCCGACAGUACUGCCACCAGCGCCAGCGGUUGUUUACGAGGUCGCUACACCUCCGGAAGAAUCUUCGGUACCAUCCAUAGCCACGUCCACGGCUCCUUCGAGUUUGCUACCCAAUCAUUCUGUCCCAGCUACCAGGAGUCAGGAAAAGCUGCUGGAUUCCAACGCCGAGGCCGCAACCCCCUCCAAGGAACGCCGCAUACCCAACAUACCAAAUAUCUUCCAGAGAGCGCCUACUGGGGAGAAUGAACUUCGACAGCCUAACAAGCUGAGGAAGAAGAUGCCUGGUGCUGGUGGUCAUUAUAGUGCUCAUAGUUCGACGAUAUCGCUCCCUCGCUCAGCAGCGGCCUCGCCCAGUGUCGAAGCUACGAAUCCCAUGGAAACGGUCCCACCAUUGCCCGGAAACCUUGAUGCGGUAGUGUCUAGCGGACAACCAGCGCCUUCCCCUUCCGACUCUACGCCGAGGGCAUCCCAAGCACCUUCAGCGCCCUCAACCACCUUGCAUCCUAACAACGUCCCUGAGGCACAACACAAACCAAGAGAAUCUCCGCCCACUUCAGUCACAUCAUACAACGACAUGUCUGAUCCCGACCAAGUCGAGACUCAGACUACUGCUAGUUUCGCUAGCCCAGAGGUGGCAUCCCCGGAUAGGGAUAAGAAAAGGCGGUGGCGCCUGUCGAGGAAGAAGGAGGACAGCAUAUCCUUGAAUUCUCCUCCAAACAUCAGCCAGCCUCUCAUCUCCCCGCGCAUGCUGGGCUCGAAUUCGCAGGCUGAGGGGAGCAACAGUUCCGUAGGCAGUUCUGGUUAUUUUCAUCACAGACCCCGGGCAAGUGUGAGCGGGGAUGUUUCUGACGCGGGCAUGAUGAGUAGCCUCGAUGACCGUUCGAUGAUGAGCGACGCAACCAGGGAAGGCAGAGACCACGACCGAGACAGGGACUGGGACAAGAGCAGUGAAUACCGCAAGUCAAACAUUGCCGAUUGGCUGAAGCACAAGUACCGCGAGCAUAGGGAGACAGCGGAACAGAGAAGGGCCAAGUCGCCACCAGCACAUGAUGGUAGAUCGGCAUCCAUUGGGGAGCGGAUUCGCAAGAGCAUAGAUAUGAAGCGGGAGAUGAACAACGGGAGCGAAAAGGGAUAUAGCGAUGAGCAUAUUCCGAUGCCACCACCGCCUAUGCGGGAACUAGGACCGGGACAUUCACAGACAUCCAUCCAAUCUGCUCCCCAAUCUGUCCAGCAAGCUCAACCACAGCCGAUGCAGGCUCAGCAACCCCCAGCACUUUACCAAAACGAAGUGCAGUCGGUCGAGGUGCAACCUGUUGCGCAGAACCUUCCAGCACAGGUUCAGCCCAAUGUCCAGCCAGAGCAGCCGGCUGAAGCGCCCGUGCCCACUCCUUCAAGGCACAUGGAUCUAGAUGAGUAAAACAACCGAUGCAAGCCUGAUGAACAGGGCACAAUAUUCUACCAGUGUUCAAGUCAACCAUACCCGUCUUGUGGCCGACCACACAACCUAUCACUUCGUUUUAAUGUCUAAGUUAGUUUGUCUCGGAUGUUCUGUUUUCUGCAGCUUUUUUCAGCGCAAGAGAGCGGCCAGGUCGAGGACUUGUUGC